CCUUGACUUCUUCUCUCCUCCCUCCAUUCUUCCCACUCUCACUCUCUUCGUUCCCUUCUUUGCACUGAACAUAUUUUCAUUUAUACUUCUGUUCCCUCCUGUCAUUUCGGCACGGAGGAGAAAGAGUGUGUGUGAGAGCUCUCGCUUCCCCGCUCUAAUUCUCCCGUCUGCGGCUCACCCUGAAAGCUCUCGCAAUUCCCCGCAGUCUCCUGCAUUCCCUCCUCCGACUUCAACUUCCACCAGCGGAGGCGCGACUAGGUCGUCGCUAGACAUUUCUUGGCACAAUGGCGAUGAGUAGGAUUCGGGGGGCCUUUGCGGUCCCCAGGAAAGGAGAGACUUUUGAAUUGCGAUCUGGUCUUGUGUCCCAGUAUGCAUACGAACGCAAGGAGUCAAUUCAGAAGACCAUCAUGGCCAUGACGCUGGGCAAGGAUGUUUCCUCUCUAUUCCCGGAUGUUCUCAAGAACAUUGCGACUAGCGAUCUUGAACAAAAGAAGCUGGUUUAUCUUUACCUCAUGAACUACGCCAAAUCUCACCCCGACCUAUGCAUUCUCGCCGUCAAUACUUUUGUUCAAGAUUCCGAAGAUCCCAAUCCUUUAAUCAGAGCCCUUGCCAUUCGAACGAUGGGAUGCAUCCGGGUGGAUAAAAUGGUGGAUUACAUGGAGGAACCGCUGCGGAAGACCCUCCGGGACGAGUCGCCCUAUGUCCGCAAGACCGCGGCCAUCUGCGUUGCCAAACUUUUCGAUCUGAAUCCUGCUAUGUGCUUGGAGAACGGCUUUCUGGAGAUGUUGCAGGAGAUGAUUGGAGAUCCCAAUCCUAUGGUCGUCGCCAACUCGGUGACUGCUUUGUCGGAAAUCUACCACGCUGCUCCCGAAACACAGGCCUUGAAGGUGACCACCAACACACUGCGCAAGCUUCUUAUGGCCCUGAAUGAGUGCACGGAAUGGGGUCGCGUCACGAUCUUGACGACUCUUGCGGAGUACAAAACGAGUGAAGUGACUGAGUCAGAGCACAUCUGUGAGCGCGUUGCUCCUCAGUUCCAGCAUGCCAACCCGAGUGUUGUGCUAGCUGCCGUCAAAGUCGUUUUCCUCCACAUGAGAAACGUCAAGGCUGAGCUGGCUAGCAAUUACCUGAAGAAAAUGGCCCCUCCCCUAGUGACUCUGGUUUCGUCUGCUCCCGAGGUGCAGUAUGUGGCUUUGAGAAACAUCGAUCUUUUGUUGCAAAAGCAGCCAGACAUCCUGAACAAGGAACUCCGCGUCUUCUUCUGCAAGUAUAACGACCCACCAUACGUCAAGUUCCAGAAACUUGAGAUCAUGGUACGGAUAGCCAACGACCGAAACGUUGACCAGCUCUUAGCCGAGCUCAAGGAGUACGCACUUGAGGUGGACAUGGACUUUGUGCGCCGCGCCGUCCGGGCGAUUGGUCAGGUUGCGAUCAAAAUCGAGGGCGCUAGUGAGAAGUGCGUCAACACGUUGCUGGACCUCAUCAACACCAAGGUCAACUACGUGGUGCAAGAAGCUAUUGUGGUUAUCAAAGAUAUUUUCCGGAAGUACCCCGGCUAUGAGGGUAUCAUCCCUACACUGUGCAAGUGUAUUGAUGAGCUAGAUGAGCCGAAUGCUCGUGCAGCACUCAUUUGGAUUGUUGGUCAGUAUGCGGAGAAGAUCAGCAAUGCGGGUGACAUUCUGGCUGGCUUUGUGGAAGGUUUCAAUGAAGAAUUCUCCCAGACCCAGCUGCAAAUCCUGACGGCUGUUGUCAAGCUCUUCUUGAAGCGGCCUGAGAAGGCCCAAGGGCUCGUCCAGAAAGUGCUGCAGGCAGCCACUGCUGAGAACGACAAUCCCGAUGUGCGCGACCGAGCCUAUGUCUACUGGCGCUUACUAUCCAAUACCAGUGAUCCCGGAGCUACUAAGGAUAUUGUCCUGUCUGACAAGCCUCCAAUUGUGACCACUAUUCAUUCUCUGCCGCCUGCCCUUCUUGAGCAGCUGCUCACUGAGCUGUCGACUCUUGCAUCAGUCUACCACAAGCCCCCAGAGCAGUUUGUCGGUCAAGGAAGGUUCGGCGCCGACGCUGUCCAGAGAGCCGCUAUCGAGGAACAAAUUCAAAACGCACGCGAGAACCCACUGGCCGCUGCUGCGGCUGCAGCCGCGGUCACUGGCAGCGCGCCCCCUCCCCAGAGUCAGAGCAACGUCGAGAAUCUACUGGACAUCGAUUUCGAUGGAACUGCGCCGGCUUCGGCUCAAAAAGAGCCCAGUGGUGGAAUGUCUGGUCUCGAAGGUCUUGCCGGAACGCCAGUGCGAGUGGAAUCGCCUGCUGCAGGUGCUCCUGCUGGAAGCAACAAUUUGGACGAUCUCUUGGGGGUCUUCGGCGAUGGUGGAGGCGCACCGGCCCCGGCCAGCAGCAGCGCGGGGGCUGGAGCCGAUUUGAUGAACGGUUUUGCCGGCCUGGAUUUGUCAGGCAAUGGCACGACAUCGCCGCCUCCUGGAGGCAGUCAACCAAAGAAAACCAACGAAGAUAUUAUGUCGUUAUUCUAAGAAAGCAGGGCUAUGGCUUUCCGAUGGUGAACAUCGCCGCGGGUCUGGGAGGGAAGGAGAUCAAGGAGGCAAGCGCUUGACAAAAGCACACAUAAUUCGCAAUCCAGGCAUUUUCACAUAGAAUCUCUCGUCCUUCUAUCUUGGCGCGACCAAGCUGAAUGAUCCAAAUAUUUACUCUUCAUGUUUGUACUUCCCCCCCCCCCCUU